GGAAAACAAUGGACGUCCCUAUCGCUGCGAACGUGCUUGGUGUUUUGGGCGCAGUAUGCUGGUCUGUUCAGCUGAUUCCACAAAUCAUCAUUAACUAUCGUCGGCAUGACACAACGGGUCUACAACCGACCAUGAUGCUCUUGUGGGCAUGUGCAGGUAUUCCAUUGGGAGUAUACAAUAUUGUGGGAAAUUUCAACGUGGCUCUCAAAGUCCAGCCCCAGAUUUUGACAUCGUUAAGCCUGUUAACGUGGAUCCAAUGCAAAUACUAUGGCAACAAGUGGCCGUUGAGCAAAUCGGCAUCCAUUGUUGCUCCAGUUGCGGCUGUCAUGGGCGGCAUUGAAUGCGGGCUAGUUUUCGCACUGAGAAGAGCAAAACACAACCAUACUGAGUGGCCAAUCACCUUGAUGGCGGUGUUGUCAGCUUGCUUUCUCUCUGCCGGUGUGUUGAGGCACUACUGGGACAUCUACAAGGAGAGGACGGUUCGGGGCAUCUCGUUCAUCUUUGUGGCAAUUGAUGCGAUGGGCGACUUGACAUCGUUGAUUUCUGUCUUCUUUCAGCCGAAAUUGGACAUUCUGGGCAUGGUCAUUUAUGGCUCCGAGUUGGUACUGUGGUUAGGUGUAUUUGCUUGUGGGGGAUACUUCAACCUCAGGCCAUGGCUGCAGCAGCGAGUGAGCAGGCAUCACGUUACAGGGGACCAGAGCAGUGUGAGAAGUGGAAGCCGCCAGCAUCCGCAGAGGUUAGAGCAAAGCCUGUCAAGACGCUCCUCAUCUAGCACCGUGUUCAGGACAGCAUCUGGAGAUGUAACAGUAAGAAGGCAGAGUCCUCAUGGAACAGUGAGGCUGCGAACCGUGACAUUCGAUGCUCGUCUUGAAGCUUGAAGAAUGGCAUCGAAUGACAAUCUAUGACAGUGAAUUGAAAUCUCAAAAGUUC